UAGGUUUGUUCAAAAGACGCCUCCGGAAAUCGAAAAUUUUUAAAUUGAAAAAGUAAAGAAAAUUUGGAAGGGAAAAGCCGUGAGAUGCGUUCAGUUCUUGCGAGCAGCAGCCAUUAGCCCAACAGCAGUGUUAGCCAAGUGGUACAACGUGCCUGAACAGCAAAUUUGAAAACACAAAAUAAGAGACGCUUUGCCGGAAAACUCAGCAUUACCAUUAAAUUCCAACAGGACACUUAAUUUGCAGUCGUCGCCAUGCAGCGUCACAAGGAACUGUACAAGGAGCAGUCGCUGGUGCUGAGCCCGCGCAACCACUGCCAGGAGAACCGGGAACGUUUGCAGGCGGCGCGCGCCAAAAAGCGGGAGGAUUGCUUUCACCAGAACCGCAUAAUCAGCGUGAGUCCCACUCCGGUCAAGGCGAAGACUUUCCAAGAGCCUGUGGCCCAGGAGAAUGUGGUGCCCAAGGUGGAGGUCCAGGAGCAGCCGAAGGAGUCCGUGGAUCCGCCGGGCCCAUCCAAUCCUAAAGCCCCCCGCCAGACGGCGUUCCUCAAGCGCUACAUGGAAUGGAAGGUCGCCAAGAACAAGGAGCACAAGCAGCGGGAGCAGACGCGUCGUGGGGCGGCCAUCAGUGCUCCGCCCGUCAAUCAAUCGAAGGCUUUUCCCAAAUCCCAAACCUUUCGGGUACCCGAAAACCUGGCUCCCACCAAGCAGAAAGGCGAUGCUGCCGCCGUUUUUCAGCCGUCCAAACGUGCCUCGCUCUACGUGAUUGCCAAUUCCAUUGGCAGGGUCAAAGGAAAAGCCCCCGAAGCCAUCAAGCCACCCACAGUUACUUCUUUGGUAACGAAGCCAAUGACUCAAGCUGCUCCAACGGCCAAAGCAACGCCUGCAGCAACCAAACAAGCAACAAAACCCAUGACUGCCGCUUUGGCGAGACAGAAGGCAACUCCUUCGGCAAAACCAAGUGUAGCAGUAUCUCGUACUACCACCAAUCCGGUGGCUUUGGCCAGGCAAAAGGCAGCUGCGCGACCUUUAACCACUGGUACGAAUCUCAGGACCAGGCUGCCAGCAACUGAGGCCAAGAAGGCAACUACAGUUCCCAAAUCUUCGGCUGCAACGCUCAACAAAGUGAAAGCGGACACCGCGCGGCCACAGGGAAGAUUUCCCGCCUCUGCAGUGCCAAGGGUGGCUAGACUGGCCAAUGUGAAGUCUCAGCCGUUCGAGAAACCCUUCGGAAGUAGAGCACCAGGUCGGGCGAACGUGGUAAAGCCGCUGUCCAUUCGUGGCGGAGGUGGGGCCGUUGGAAAAUUCAAGGACUCGGAGGGAGUGGCCAACAAGGCUGUAAGUCAUGCCCAGCGAAUGAAGGCCAACAAGCAGAAGAGCCAGUAUACGAAGCUCCAGGACAACGUCCGAAAGCUGCCGCAGCUCAAGGCCGAGUUGCUGCAGGCAGCGGCCUUCCUGGACAUACCGCCACUCACGCCGCUGGAGGAGAUCCACAAUCCCUUCCUCGACCAGGCCACAUCCACGCAGUGCAGGUCCAACAAUACCAGCGGCAGUCUUCUGGAUGCCUUUGGCGACGACAACUUGCCGAGCCCAGUGGCACCGGCCAAAAGUGGAGAUAGUACGGUCAAGAGGCAACUGCUGCCGGCGGAUAAGGCUGAGGUUCCAGUUUCGGUGGCCAAGAAAAAGUUUGACUUCUCGCGUUACUCCGUGGCCAAUUCGCCGGCGGAGGACUCUCUGAUCUUGGAUCCCCAGCAGUCGACAAUUAAAGAAAAAGAACUCGAAGGGGAUGCUACCCUAAUGCCCGAAGUGGAGAAGACACCGCCACGCCGCGAGUCCAAUGGGAUGCCCAACUAUCUCAGCCCCUUUGUGAGCGUCUCGCGCGGGAAGGUGAACUCGCGCUACGAGAAGGAGAAACGGAACAGCUUCUACCUGCCCGACGAGGAGUCGCCGCUGGAGGUGCGCCGUGCCGUCGAAUCUGUUCUCUAUUUCCGGCUGCAGCUGAGCAACGAGAUUGCGCGCCUCAAUGGCCUCUGCAGCGAAUGGGAGGCGCACAGCAAGGAGAACGAGGCUCGUUUGCAGGAAACGGGCGGCAUUGACAUGAUCAACGUGACCAUCGGCCAGACGCGCCUCUUAACCACCAAGAAGAUGAUGCAGUUUAGCGGCCUGAUCGAUCGCUGCGAGGCGGGCGCCACAGGCAAGAAUCGCAGGGCAAACGACGGCAGUGAGGACACGAAACCGGUGCAGACGGAGGAUCUGGAGGGCUGGUGGGACAUGUUGCGCCUGCAGAGCGAGAAUGUGGACAAGCGCUUCGCGAACCUGAAGCGCUGGAAGGACAACGACUGGCUCGAUCCGGAUGCAGUGGCCGAAGAGCCCAAGCAGCCAAAGCCGAAACCUAAGACGGAUCGCACCACGAAGAUCAAGUCAAAGGCCAAGCCCACCAGCAAUCUGAAGCAGUUUCUCCGCAAAGCGCAUGCCAACAUGAAGAAGAUAAAGGUGGAGGAUCCGUCGAUAAUGGAAGAUGGUGCUCCUUCGUCCUCCACGCGUGUGGGUUCGCCUCGGGUGAUUGUGGUCCGUAAUCGCAGGUCCUUCUCGCCUGCCCGCACCGUUCUCCGCAUGUCCAGUGGCGAGGGACGGCCAUCCAUUGCGCCAAAUGCGCUUCUGAAAUCCGCGAUUCUGGCGGCCGCUGAGCAGAAUGCUGCCAAGACGCCGCCGGCAAAGCCGCGAGCCUCCAUCCUAAAAACGCCGGGCACCAGCAAACGCCAGAGCCGUGGCGUCCUCUUCAGCGCCAAGAAGAGCGUGCGUCGCUUCCAGUUCACCUACGAGGAGGGCAACAUCAGCAACGACGAGACGGUGGGCGCCGACAAGCUGGAAGACUGCGAGGAGGACAUGUCGCUGGAGGCGUCCUCGGAGCGUCGAUCCAUGGACCAGGAUCCCGGGUCAGCGGGUCAGGCCAAUGGGCAAACCCCUCGGGCUUACACGCUGCGCAACCGACGAGUGAAUCUGCGUCCCUCUUCGGAAUUCAUGUAGUUUUGUGUUGGGUAGAAUUGUUUAUAUUUGUAUUCAUUAGUUUAAUGUUUAAGUACGGAAUGCCAUUAAGUGUUAAUUGUUCAGGAUGUUAUAGCUUUCAUUUGGCAUUUUGAAUAUUCUAUGUUUAUGUUUUGUGAAAAUUUAAUCAUCUUAAAUUUAAUAAAUUAUAUUGAUAUCUAUUAAACAGUGAAGAAAAUAAAAAGAUUACGAAUUUAA